AUGUGUUCAGACCCAUCUCUAGCCAUACUCACUCCUUCUCCCGACAUCUACGGUUAUUACGCCGGUCGUACAGGGAAGAGAUACCACUCUCCAUCUCCAAACUGGCUCGACGACGGCGCAUACACUCUAGGCGUCGCCUCCUAUGCCAUCGUAUCCGCACCUCACGCUCUGGUCUUCGACGCACACAUAUCCCCCAUCCACGCCUCUGCAGUCCUUUCGCACCUGCGCUCUCUCGGCGUGACGCAGAUAAUCGCGAGCGAAGAAACGAAGAGACGCAUCAAGGACGGACUGGAGAGCUUUCUAUCAGGCGACCCGUCCUUCGAAGGCGUGUUGCCGACGCGCACAUUCAAUGGUAUCCUGCCCCUUUCCGUCGGCGCGCUGGAUGUGGAGCUCUGCUCGUUCAAUAUCCAUACCUCUGACUCGAUCGUUGUGUGGAUCCCGAGUGUGAAGCUGCUUCUUGCCGGCGAUACGCUUGAGGAUACGUGCACUUUUAUGGCUGAACCGGAAAAUGGCGCCGUGCACUUGCGGGAGUUGGAGCGUAUGGAGAGGGAUUUCCCUAGUGCACGUAUACUCCCAGCGCAUGGGAGUGCGGAAAGAAUCAAUGAGAAGGGGUAUGACAUGCAAUUUGUGGCCGCGACGAGGAGAUAUAUUGCGGCUAUGACGAAGGUAGGAGAGAGGGAGCCGAAGGCGUGGAACGAAAGCUUGCGUGAGGUACAGUGCGUUCAGAAGGACUUGCAGAGAGAGGCAGUAGAGUACUGGGGCGAGUAUGAGAUGGUACAUAAGGAGAAUGUGCAGGCGCUGAGGAGUCUUACCGGCUCUUGA